AUGGUAAGACACGAAAAACAACAAGCAGUUUUGGAUAAUUUGUUUAUAGAUAUUACUACAGAUAUACAUAAUUUGAUUCCCUUCUAUAAAUUGAAGAGACUGAUAUUGCCGAUUAAUAUAAUUUUACAACGUUAUUUCGUGUUAACAUUUAUCAAAUUAGUUGUGUCGAUUUUAGAUAAUAUGUCUCCAAAACGAAUGAAAAAAAAUCCCAAAGACGAAUUGAACGCGAUGAAAAAAAUCCUCUGUGAUGGAGCAAAAAAUCAAAUGAAAGUGCAAAAUUUUAACAAGGCACUGUUUGGGUUGAAUCAGAUGUAA